CAUUUUCACAGUUUUCAACCCAUUUAUUGCCAUUUUUGGCAUCAAAUAAAAUGAUUACCUUACCCAAAGUGUAAUCAAAGGGAUGGCCUCCACAUCGAUGAAGAGGACUGUCUGUCUAUUUCUCAGGACAGCAGGUUGCAAUGUCAGCAUCAAGCCUCUGUAUUCUGAUCAUCUUUAUAUCGGCCAACGUCGUCUAGCAACAGCGAGACAGAAGCAGGAGGUGCUGUUCUACAAUAACUGUCGACCUCUGACCACAGCAGCGAGAUCUGUCACGAAAUCUGGAGGAAGAAUCAUUGAUUUUUCUUCAGAUUUUGCACAAGAAAGAAUCAGAUUCCUUUGCAAAAAGCUAAACUGCACAGAACUGGAGGCAAAGCAGCUGAUCAACAAGUACCCUCGACUUAUCACCAUGGCCGACUCAAAGAUCACAUCAAUCCUUGGGCUGUUCGCUGAUCAUUCCAUUUCGAAAGAAGAGAUCUUAACAUACCCAGAAGUCUUUUCCUACAGCGUAAAAACUCUAAUAGACCGGUUCAAACUUUUGGAGGAGGGCCUAGCAGGAGAGAUUAAACUUGUCACAAUCAAAGACGCGGAGAAAUACUUUUCGAAAAGAUUGCAGAAGACGUUAAGUGAGUUGGAUCUGUUGAAAGCCUACGGUUCAAAAAGUGGGAUGGUCAUGUCAAAAUUAGGUUGCAUGCAGUCAGAAGCAGAGAAGCUGCUUGAGACUAUUCAAAGUAUGACGUUGUCAAAACUAGAAAGUAAACUUGACUGUGUGUUGAAUAAACUUCACCUGCCACCAAAUAUUGUGCUGUCUGCUCCUUGGCUCUUGCAUCAUUCUUCAAACCAUUUAGAGCAGAGAAACGCGAGGCUUAAAGAUGUCGGCUUAACACAUGAAAAUUGCGAAGCUUUUCUUCAUCUCCUUAUGGUGGAGAAGAAGUAUUUUGAAAAAAGACUUGAGUUCCACAUAAAGGAGCGUGAAGCAUUAGGAGAAUGUAAAGACUUGUCAGAAUAUUUGUGUCUCAGAUUGGAGUGUUCAGAUGUGGAUCUUACAAAGAUGACCAACAACUUCUCAAAGCUUUUGUCGGUGAGUGCAGCAAAGGUGAAGGAGCAUCUGGACUUUCUUUUGACAGAGUUACAUUUGCCUGCGCGAGAUGUCAUGACGUAUCCCCGGGUGCUCAGGUUUGCUACAGGCACAAUUAGGUUUAGGUAUAAACUCCUGUUUGAGAAGGGCAUCCACCCUGAACUGAUCGGAGUAAAGGAACUUCAGUUAUCAGCGCCAUCAUUCAAGAAAUUACUUGAGCCUUUUAAAGGACCAGUCCGUCCACUUUGAAUAUGAUUUUGAGUCCCAAGUUUGAACCAUGCAUUUGCUGGGGUGAAUCAGGGGUUAGAAAGUGGACACACCAGAGGAAGUACCCAGGGGAUCAUUGUUAAUUUCCUAAAACUCGUGGAUAAUUUCAAAUCGUAUUAUCUUUUGUACUAUGAGCAGGCAUGAUUCCUGCAUGCCUCACAAAAGCUACGGAUGGACUGGGCUUUAUAUACAAAAUAGAAAGUCUUUACUUGGAAGGUGAGGCAGAAUUCUGAAAUAUCAGCUAAAAUCCUAAAGUUGAUUCAACAAACUUAUGUUUUUGUGAGAUUUGUAGCAUUGUUUUCUUUAUGUCCUUAUUGUCACACUCUUACCACUGCCAGGUUUGUGCCAAUAAUUUAGGAACUGCCAUUUGUUUGUCAAUAAAUUUUGGUGAAAUAUA